CAGGGGAAAUGCUGAAAACUUUGCAACGAUUUGUAUGUCGAGGGAGGAGGAAGAUGAGGAGAGGGAGGGCUCUGGUCGCUGCUACUGUUGAUGUCAAGAUUCCUCUCUCCUACCUAGCGCCAUACACAGCCUCAGCCAGCCUUCCCUGAACUCGGAGCUCCUCUAUCCCCUCCACUCUCUCUCUCUCUCUCCUCCGCCCCUCCCUCUUCCUCUCCGCUGAAGAACAUUUCCCGGGCCAAGGCAGACCAAAGAAUGGCUCUGCCAACUCUCUGACCAUCACAUCCAGUCUGCAGGCCAGGCGGCUGAAGAAUCCCAGAGGGGAGCAGAGAGCGAGGAAGACCAGCAAUACCUGCGUCUUAAACCCUGCCAGCUUCGCCACUGCCUUUUGCCUCCUGGGGAUUCAGCUGCCAUGGAAGCUCAAAGGAUUUGGCCAGGCUGAACGCCCAGGCUGUAUCUGUUCUGCCGCUGCAGAACCUCCGAUCUGAUAGAGAAAACGGAAUACACGAGAGAUCUUUACAGGGUUCUUCCAUCCUCUCCACUUCUGCCCAUUUUCAGUUGAUCGGUGGACUAUGGUGACGGGGAGAUGUUGGCCAGGAAGAGCAUCAUCCCCGAAGAGUAUGUCCUCGCACGGAUUGCGGCCGAGAACCUGGGCAAGCCGCGCAUCAGGGACCGGACCCAGAAAGCCCGCUUCAUCGCCAAGAACGGGGCUUGCAACUUGGCUCACAAGAACAUCCGUGAGCAAGGGCGCUUUCUGCAGGACAUCUUCACCACCCUGGUGGACCUCAAGUGGCGCCAUACACUGGUCAUCUUCACCAUGUCCUUCCUGUGCAGCUGGCUCUUCUUCGCCAUGAUGUGGUGGCUGGUGGCCUUUGCUCACGGGGACAUGGACAAGCCGUGCACAACCAGUGAGGAUGUUGAUAUUUGGAAGCCCUGCGUCACUUGCGUCAGGUCUUUCACCUCCGCUUUCCUCUUCUCUAUUGAGGUCCAGGUGACCAUUGGCUUUGGAGGGAGGAUGAUGACCGAAGAAUGUGCCAUAGCGAUCAUCGUACUGAUGCUCCAGAACAUUGUGGGCUUGAUCAUCAACGCGGUCAUGUUGGGUUGCAUCUUCAUGAAGACGGCACAGGCACACCGGCGAGCUGAGACCUUGAUCUUCAGCCGGAACGCGGUCAUUGCCGUACGCAAUGGCAAGCUCUGCUUCAUGUUUCGGGUUGGGGACCUGAGGAAAAGCAUGAUCAUCAGUGCCUCGGUGCGGAUCCAGGUGGUCAAGAAGACCACCACCCCUGAAGGAGAAGUCAUCCCGAUCCACCAGCUAGACGUCCCGGUAGACAAUCCCAUUGAGAGCAACAAUAUUUUCCUAGUGGCCCCUUUGAUUAUUUGCCACAUCAUUGACAAGCGGAGUCCUCUCUAUGAUAUCUCCGCCAAUGACUUGGCCAACCAAGACCUAGAGAUCAUUGUCAUACUUGAAGGUGUGGUGGAAACCACUGGAAUCACCACCCAAGCAAGAACAUCCUACAUAUCCGAAGAGAUCCUCUGGGGCCACCGCUUUGUGCCCAUCGUAGCGGAAGAAGAAGGGGCCUACGCUGUCGACUACUCCAAGUUUGGCAACACGAGCAAAGUCGCGGCGCCACGUUGCAGUGCCAAGGAGCUGGACGAGAAGCCUUCCAUCCUCAUCCAGACACUCCAGAAGAGCGAGCUGUCACACCAGAACUCGCUGAGGAAACGUAAUUCCAUGCGGAGGAAUAACUCCAUAAGGAGGAACAACUCCAUGAGGAGGAAUAAUUCAUCCUUUGUGGUGCCCAAAGUCCAGUUCAUGACACCGGAAGGAAACCAGAACAUGCUGGAGACAUGA